GCUGCUUCACUGACAUCCUGUUCGGCCUGGAGAGUGAUACUUGGCAAAGCUUCGGAGAGCAGAAAAAUGUCCACUCGCUAUCACCAAGCUGCUAGUGAUAGCUACCUGGAACUUCUGAAGGAGGCCACCAAGAGAGAUCUGAAUCUUUCUGAUGAAGAUGGCAUGACCCCCACACUCCUAGCAGCCUACCAUGGGAACUUGGAAGCCCUAGAAAUAAUCUGCAGCAGAGGAGGGGAUCCUAAUAAAUGUGACAUCUGGGGAAAUACUCCUUUACAUUAUGCAGCGUCCAAUGGUCAUGCCCACUGCGUCUCGUUCCUGAUCAACUUUGGUGCCAACAUCUUUGCUCUGGACAAUGACUUACAGUCUCCACUGGAUGCUGCUGCCAGCAGAGAGCGGAAUGAAUGUGUCGCUCUUCUGGAUAAGGCUGCCACCUCCCAGAACAUCAUGAACCCCAAGAAAGUCACCAGGCAGAAGGAGCAGGCUCAGAAGAAUGUCAAGAAGCAGAUCAAAGAGUGUGAAAGGCUCCAGGAGAAGCACCAAAAUAAGAUGGCCCGCACAUACAGCAAGGAGGAAUCUGGGACCCUUUCUUCUUCCAAGGGAACUUUCUCUAGGUCACCCCUUUCAAAUGCUUCUGCUUCUAACACAUUUGGGUCACUGUCUAAGGGUAUUAAGGAUACCCUGAAGCUUAAGUUCAAGAAGAACAAAGAUACAGCAGAGCAGUUAGGGAAUGGGAGCAGAAGUGGGCAGAAGAAUGUGAUGGAAGUGUUCAGAGAGGAUGAGGAAGACGAAUUCUCAGGGGACUUCAUAGAGAAGCUCCAGUUAUCUGCAGAGGGGGACAGCUGUAUGCAACACGAAUCCAUUCUCAACCGUCCAGGUCUAGGAAAUGUUGUUUUUGGAAGGAAUAGAAUAUUCAGCCCUGAAGACAUCUCAGACAGCAGGAGGGAGCUGGGGUUUACAAUGCCGAGUGAAUUGCUUCAGAGACAAGGAGAAGCUGAGGCUGAUGAAGAGGGAGAGGAAAACAACCAUGAAGAUGAUCUGCCUUGGGAUGAGGAUGAAGUGGACUGGGAGGAAGAUGUGGUUGAUGCUACUCCCCUGGAAGUGUUCUUGCAGUCCCACUACUUGGAAGAAUUCCUUCCUAUUUUCAUGAGAGAGCAGAUUGAUCUGGAAGCUCUGCUGCUUUGCUCUGAUGAAGACCUUCAGAGCAUCCAAAUGCAGCUGGGUCCCAGGAAGAAAGUUCUUAAUGCCAUAAAUAGAAGGAAGCAGGUGCUACAACAGCCUGGGCAGUUGGUUGACACCAAUCUCUGAUGGAGUGUUGGGUCAACAGGGUGAGUCUAUAGAGGUGGGGGUGAUGCUGUGGAGAUAUUCCAGGCAAUACCUACUCUGUACCCAAUACCAGACUACUGGGUUUCUAGGGUUUUGGAGGUGUCCACCUAAGAAAGAAGCCCAAAUUCUACUCUGAGAAAUACUCUGUACCUAAAUUCAUAUAAACCACUAGUGAGAAACUCAAGGAGGUAAGAAAUGGGAAUAAGGAAAUGACAUUUCUCAAUUAUCUUUUUGAUAUUUUUGAAUAUAGAAAGGAUUAAAUGGAUGACAGAGAACAGAAAAGACUUUACUUCCUAACUCUGAACUUAAAAUUAUAGUCUCCUAUCACACUGCUUCUGCUGCUGCUAAGUCGCUUCAGUUGUGUCCAACCCUGUGCGACCCCAUAGAUGGCAGCCCACCAGGCUCCUCCGUCCCUGGGAUUCUUCAGGCAAGAGUACCAGAGUGGGUUGCCACUUCCUUCUGCAAUGCACGCAUGCAUGCUCAGUCACUUCAGUCGUGUCCGACUGCGACCCUAUGGACAGCAGCCCAUCAGGCUCCUCUGUCCACGGGAUUCUCUAGGCAAGAAUACUGGAGUGGGUGGCCAUUUCCUUCUCCGCUCCUAUUACACUAGCUGCUGCCUAAUUUCUGAUCCUUAGCUCCAUGACUUUACCUGUUGAUGGAAACUAAAAUUCCUCCAUUGGCCUGUGGCUUGAUGCCCAACUUGAAUGUGUCUAACCCUAAUCAGUAGAUGUUUACAUGUUUACAAAUAAUAGAAAUGGGUCUGUAACAUUCCUUCUUGGGAACAGAGACAGAAUGGCAGGUAGAGAGAGAGAUGAAAUAGAAUGUACAGUACCGGUAUGGAUUAAAUUUUGUCCUUCCAAAAUUUAUAUGCUUAAUUUUUGAUCUUGAGUCUAGGGAUUCUAACUCCAGUCAUCCUGUGAAGAGGUAGACACACUGGUGAUGUGCUUGCAUCGCCAUGUGAAGAGAAAGAAUAGGCCAUGUGAAGAUAAAGCAAGAAGGGAGUUAUCUGAAAGCCACAGAAGGAAGCCUCAGGAGAAACCAAACCUUUUAUCGCUUUUAUCUUGGACUUCCAGCCUCCAGAGCUAUAAGAAAAUAAAGUUCUGUUCUUUAAGCCA